UAGUUUAAAUGUUUAAUUGUAUAAUGACAAAUAAAUUCAAUACAGAGCGAUGUAUUUAACAACACAAAUAACGUGUAACAGUAUUUAAUGUUACAUCUUUAAUUAAAAUUAGCAAACCGACGGGAAGUGGUUUAUUAAAUAUCUUCGUCACACCUCUCUCCGCUCGAGCGGGGCGUUAUCGCAUCGUCAAGUGUAAAUCAACGUAUCUUAACUAUUGACUACGCUGCGCACGAGUUUAUAAAAGCAGUCGGUAUAUUGCAACAUUUCUCAUACCACUGCCAGCUACCAUUCGGGUCGGACGUUUUUAAAGAUGGCGAAAGAAGAAAUGAUCAAGGGUGUUCUGUAUGUGUUGAAUGUGAUAUACGCCGUGUUCGGGCUCGUGACAGCCGCGACGGGCAUCUGGUUCUUUGUGCAGCUGUCAGAAUUCGUGGCCUUGAGAAACAGCAACCAUUAUCUCUUGGACUAUAGAGUGUAUUGGCCGCAGGUGGCGCCAUGGUUCUUCAUACUUUUGGGACUUUUCGUCAUGAUGGUGGCCUUCUGUGGAUGGUGUGGUGCCAACAGGGAGAGUAGAGGCCUACUCGGUAUCUAUGGAUUAUUCCUCAUGCUUAUUGUCCUCGGACAAGUGAUCGCAGCCACAUUGAUCUUCGUUUACGUUGACGGCGAAUAUACGGACAUAUUUAUAAAGGAUACUGUGUACGAUGGAUAUUACAACUCGCAGUCCAACCCUGACGUCUUCAAAGCGUUCGGACGAAUCGAAAGGAAGCUGAGAUGCUGCGGUGCGAACGAUGCCAGAGAUUACAGGAGCUGGAGGAACGACCUGCCGUUGACCUGCUGCCAGGACAGCUACUACAGAGCGACAUGCGACUUCACCGACAAGGAGGCUAAUGAGAGGUUAGGUUGUGCUAAAGUGGCGUCCGUGUAUACAAAGAUUAUCAGUUCAUCGGUCGCCGGUGCAUCUCUGCUCAUAUCGCUGGUCGAGAUCACGGGAAUCAUUCUCGCCUGGAAGCUGUUCAACACAUUGAGAGAGGUUGAACAUUAUAUCACGGAGCGCAAGGAGGGCGAGACGGAAUGUUAAUAAUCGAGGUAGUAUUAUAAUUGUAAUGAUUGUGUAUUUGGUUUUACAAAACAUAGCUUAUUGAUGUUGUAUCGGCUAUUGUGACCGGGUCGAUGCCACGCCUGAAUAGUUCAGCUGCGAAUCUAUUGUACUCUUGAAUAUGUUACAAGUAUGUAACGCUUAAUAUGUAUAUACGCUAAAUACCAUUCGUAGGACUUUGUCAAUCAAAGAAGCGUGUUGUAUAUAAAGCAGAUAUUUUUGAAUUUUCAUAAUUAAGAAUGACGUCAUUUGAAAAUUCAAGAUGGCGGAUAUAAGCGCCGUGCUUAUAAAUGUAUGUUGAGGAAAAUAUUGCUUAUGUUAAUUGCGUGAAUUCCUGAUAUACUAGUUUCUCGCGUAAUUGUUUGUUGAGUUGGAGGCCACGGUCACCAUAACUGGUACGAAUGUUAUCCUUAGCCAAAUUUUACCACCGAUUCUGUAUGGCCUACCGUAAAUGCAAGUCUGUUCUUUAAUGCCUUUAGUAUAAAGUCCAUAAUUCCCUGAAUUCCGAACCGAAUUCGACGAAUCGAGUCGAAUCCUGGGCGAUUUUCUUUUGAAAGUUUCUCUUCCAAGGUUUUAUCUUUUUUUUUGGAAUAAAAUUCGUUUCCUUAGUAAGGAAGUGUUUGAAUUUUUAUUCAUCGUUAGUUUUCGAACUGACUUCUGCUCUUACGUUACCAUUUGUGUCAUUUAAGUGACUUUAUUUUAUAAUAUUCUAUUGUAAUUUAACUACGAUAUAGUUUGUAAAUUUUCGGUAAAGUUUUUUAUAUAAGAAUUUUUAUAUUAUCAUCGUAAUAAAUUAAGAUUUCAAUACGAAAUAUCAGUAUUUUGUAAGUUUUACUUGUAUAUUUUAAUUUUGAUCGCAGCUUUAUUUGUAAUGCAAGCUAUAAUUAUAUUAUGUAACGGUCCUAUCUCACGAACUAGAAUCGAAUCUGUAAUAUUGGACUCUUGCUUUCACCGCUGGUAUAGAACGUCUUAUCUCAUUAAAUCUAAUUAAAAUCGUGAAUCUUUUAACUCUUAAUUAUAUUUAUAAUCUUGAUAAGGGCCACACCUAGUUCAAAGUUCAUUCGACGCCUUAUUUAAUCAUUAAUUUCCUCCUUAAGUCAUGAAUCACUUGUUUUGACUCAUAACUCGGUAUAUGACCUCGAUGCCCCACGACAGUAGCUUGUAACAAAUGCUUGGUUAUGCAAGUUAGCAGAGUACAUCAGUGACCUUCUAAUGUAUGGUUUUAGUGUUAAGCCUUAUAGCGACCUUAUUAGAAUAUUUAUUUAUUUAUACUUUAUUGCACAACAUGUAAAGCAGAUACGAUAUAUUAUGAGAUACAGAAAAAAGACAUAAACUAUACAUAUAUUAUAAUAUGCAUGAUAAUAUAUUAUAUGUAUGUAUAUACAUGUAUGUCAACUAUAUGUAUAACAUGGUUUAAUUAUUUGUAGUUCAGUUUUGAGUAGGUGUUGUUUAAUGUUAAAUGUUUUGAAGUAUAUAAUGGUUGAAUAUUAUAAUUUUAUCUCGCAAGAGCGAUUAGGUACAAAUAUCAAAUACAAUUGUAAGCUGUGUGCUUGGAUUGUCGUCUUGUAGUGGGGUAUGAGAAAAAUUCGACCUCGGCUCGCUUAGCUAGUAGCCUCUAAUUUGGUACAUGAGAGAUGUUAGCUAAGCUUAGAACUUGACUUUGUUUAUUUUGAGCGGAACUUAUGCUGCUACAAAUAACCUAUUUUUUUUUUAUUUUAUAAUUCGAAAUUCGAAAUACAAUAAACAAUAUGUAUAUGAAUAAUAA